CAGUAACCCUGCCCUCUUUAAAAGUCCCACUGUUUCCCCCUGGCAUCCAGAACCAGUGACUCCUCUCUCCUGGGUGCUGCCACCAUGAACACCUUCCUGUUGUCCGCCCUGUGCCUCCUUGGAGCCUGGGCCACCCUGACAGGGGGAGUCAUCGUGAAGGAUGGAGACUUCUCCUUUUCUCUGGAGUCGGUGAAGAAGCUCAAGGACCUCCAGGAGCUCCAGGAGCCUAGGAUCCCUAGAAAUUCUGGUGGGCUCAUCGCUCCCAACCUUUGUAGCUUGCCUAAUUUUCCCGAAGAACUCCGGCCUCUUUGCAAGGAGCCCAACGCCCAGGAGAUCCUGGACAGGCUGGGGGCCAUCGCGGCGGAUCCAAGCACGUGUGAGAUCUGCGCCUACGCGGCCUGUGCUGGAUGCUAGAACAGAUGGUACUCCCUGCUUCCUGUCCCUCCCUCGCCGGGCGCUCCUCCUCCUCACAGCUCAACUACCCCGAAUGCAGGAGUGAGGAGAGAGCAGCCUGAGGGGUGCCCAGCCCCUGCCCCCACCGGAGCUGCUGAUGCUUCCCAAGAUCCAUGCCCACCCGCGGCUAAUAAACCAGAUUCCAGAGCCCUC